AAUUCGGAUUUCAUUCUAUGAUAAAAAAAUGUGUCUAUAUUGUACUGUACAUAUACGUAUAUAUUUAAAAAUUAUUAGACCUGCACGCAUGCAUAGGACACAUACACACAUUGCACAUUCGCCGAAGUCACUGGGUCAAGUCUCUAAUACAUGAUGGCGUGGGCUAAACUGGUAUUAUUCAUUAAGGUGUUUACACCCAUGGGGCAGUCUUGCAUAACGACGACGAUACGCUGUAGCGUUAAAAGACAGUUGCAAACCGCGCGAAACGAAGAGUCGUCUUGGUGCACGCUGCCGCGUGGUUGUCUGCAAAUGGUUCUAUAACUAUAGUCUAUAAGUAUCUCGUACCUAACAGCGCGACAUAAUUACGCGAUACGUGGUAUAAGUAACUAUCGCUGAUCAGUGCGCAAACAUCACAAAUAAAAGUCCCUUAUUACCAAAUUUGUUUUUUUUUCACACGCGUGCGUUGAAAAUGUCUAGGGACCUGUUGUUAAAAUAAUCUCUCGCCAGUCUUAGCCUGUACUUGAAGUUGUUAACCACACGGUGAAACUAUAAUAGCUGGUACUUAUAAACGCUGCGAUACCUAUUGCUGCGGUGAUCAAUUCAUUGCGAGCUGCCACACGAAGAUGAAAAAUGUGUGUCUGCAGUUGGUGGCCUUUCUGUUUGCCACGUGUACAAUGGUCGUCGUUGUUUCCGCGGUAGAGUUCGAUCAGAGGCAGCCUUCGCUGUACGGUAACGAAUAUUAUUACUACGGCGGACACACCGCGGCGGCGGCCGAUUCAGAGAAUGAAGAAGAGUCGCAGCGCACCCAUCACGUAAAGCACAAGUUAAAGAAGCUCAAGAAGCGGCUGCUGCUACAGUGCUUGUUGGGACACAGCCGGCGGCGGCGCGACACGUCCGCGGCUUCUGGCCGAUUUUUACUUCCGAUCGUAUUGCAGAGCACCAACGUCAACGUCGGUGCCGGCGGACAGCAGCAUCAGCAGCAGUCACAUCACGGCGGCGGAUGUAUGCAAAUGUUUGGCGAUGACAGUCACGGUCCCCUUCAGGGCUCGCUACCGUCGUUGGGCUCGUUGGGUUCGCCGUUAGGCUCGCUGGGUUCGGCUCUCGGUUCGCUGGGCUCGUUCGGGCCGUCGGUGACGGAAAAUCCGGAGGAGGACGAGAGCGGCAACCGCAACGGUUUGUACUCCCCCAACUGGAACAGAUACGCCAGGCAGUUCCGCCGCAACUUUGUCAGGCCGCUGUAUCGACUGUUCUAGGCACGUAUAGUCGUUUCGGCGCAGCAAUUAUAACUUCCAACUGGACGUCUAAAAUUAAACUGAUACCAGUGUAGGUUAUCUCUGCAGUUGUGGGACUCCUUUCAUGCGUUUUUCUUUGCAUUAAAUGUCUAUUGACUAUUUUAUUAUUGUAAAACCAACCAUUUAUUGUACAUAAUAUAACAUAUAUGUAUAUAGUUCGUAUUUUUUCAAAAAUACGUUUUUUAUUUAACUAUUUUAAUCGUGAUCAUUUGUAACUUGUAAUUUGUAAGUAAUUAUUUACAUAUGCGUAAUAAAAAUAAACAGUUUACUUUAUAAGGGCAA